GUGAGAUUGGGAGAUGGUUAAAAUGGUACUUAUGUUCGUAUUUUGCAUUAGUAAAUCACGGUUUAACAUGGCGAGGUGAGAAUGUAGUUUUAAGAAGCCUUGUAUACAGAGGAUUUUUCUCGUUUUAAGUCAGAUAUGAUUUAGAUUACUUUCAGCUGAAGUUUGAACUCAUCGUGUGCGACGAGUGUGAUAUGAAAUUAAUGAGGAGCUCUUGAUCAUAUUUGAAUGAAAACAUAUGUUUAUGAAAUAUUUUGUUAAUUUACCUGUGUUUUUCUGAAGAACAAUUCUGGCGACACUCCUCUCCAUGAUGCUAUAGGGCAAAACGAGAUCACUUGUGCAGAAAUGAUUCUGAUGUCACCAAACCUCGACUUAACUAUUGCCAAUGAAAGAGGAUUUAACCCACUACAGUGGGCUGCGUUUCACGGCAAAUUUGGUGGUACAUUAGUUGAGAAAGUCAUACUAAGAAACAAGAGUCUCAUUGACGUAAAAAAGGAAGAUGGGUACACACCUCUUCAUAUUGCAGCAAUAAACGACCACACAGAAGCAGCACAGAUACUUAUCAAGCAGGGAGCAGACGUGCAUAUCAAAGACAAUAAAGAAGCUACUCCCUUGCAUCUUGCAUGCCAUCGCGGCUUUUUGGGUGCAGCUAAAAUUCUAGUUAAUGCAGGAGCUGAUGUUAACAUGGUCGACGUUGACAAAGAUACGCCUCUGCACGUAUUGAUGGGGGUCUCAGGGAGCUCAGAAGGAGAUCUGCUAAAGAAGUUACUGAAACAGGGCGCUGGUACUCAGAGUCGUAUUAAGCUGGCCACAUUCCUGUUGGAGCAUGGAGCAGACGUCAACGCCAGAAAUAAAGACGACAAAACUCCAGUUGAUGUCUGUUCUAACAAGACGCUGAAAAAAGCUGUAGAAAACUUCAAAAUAGAAAGCAGUAAACCUGCGCCUGCAUUAGUCAGCGCUCUGCUGUGUUCUCAGUGCUUCUCACGCACCGCUGACGUCACACUGUUGCCAUGUAACCACAAGAUGACGUGCAGAGAAUGUCAUAAGAUGGUGUCCAUUUGUCCAGUUUGUGGAGGAGAGGUCACAAAAGCUGUUGAUGCAGACUCCAACGAGUUACAUGUAGCUGAAGCUUUUUCUAUUGAACUUGAUUGAGGAAAAGUUGCAUCAUGCAAGAAACCCACACCUACGUAUGUUUUGGAGAAGAGAGAAGACGCUAAGAAAAUAAUUAAUGCAUAACGCUUAGAAAUUUGAGGAUAUGGCUAUGUUCUGUUUAGUCUUGAAUUUUGUUUGAAUUUUGUUUGAAUUUGUUGAAAAGGUGGGGGACUGGUAUCAUUUUAUUAUUAUUUUUAUUGAUUUCGUUUUUGUAGCACCUUGUAAUUAUCUGAUGUACAGAUAAGUACACUAUUAUGUAUUGACUAUUUCAAGACGAGCAGUUAAAUGAAUAUUAUUCACAUAUACAUAGACGGACGCUAAAGGGUUAAAGGCUUAUACAUUACAUUAUAAUUACAAAUAAUUAUAUCAAUGGCCGUGGUAUGCGCUGUCCUGUCCUGUUCUGGUGCAUAUGAAAGAUUCCUUGCUACUGAUAGAAAAAUGUGGCGGGUUGCCUGUCUAAAAAUAACUAAAUGCUCGACAUCAAAUAGCCGUUGAUUUGUAAAUCAAUAUGCUCUAGUGGCGUCGUUAAAUUAAACAAACUGUAACUUUAACUGUCUCCACUAGACGCGCAGUCCACAGUGAGUACAGUUUGUACAUCAUCUCCAGUUAGAACAUGUUCUAUUCAUCAUGUCCGUAAAACGCGUCUGUCUGUUCGGAAUCGCGGCUAUAGUGUAAACUACCCAUGAACGCACUCGCUAAUAAGCCUUGGUGGUUUAGUGUUCAAACCAUUGAUGUAAUGCUGGUAGGUACUGUGUUCGUAUCCGGGUACCGGCUCUUACCGAGAGUGAGGUUUAAUGGUUAAAUGGGAAGAUUUAAUGCUAAACUUAGACUACCAACUGUCACGAUGUAGUUUGUCAACUCGCCGAUCUUUUGACAGUGAUACAAAUGCCGGCUGAAUUUUAACUGGGAUUCAAAUAUUGGAUUGGUUGUAACAGGAAUUGGUGUAAGGAGAUGAGUGGUACUGCUGAAUACGCAUUUGUUAAGGGGUCACAAAUAGACGUGGAAUGGGGAUAAGUGGGGGAGACAAGGUUGGACGACUGAAUUCAGUUUCAGAUAUUCGUUGUACAUGAUACUGUAUAUAUAAUGAGAGAAACAAAUAAGGGAACACUUGGUAUCGUAGACCAAAUUUUAGUUGUUUUUGGCGUCAUAAUAUCUGCAUAAAGUACAAAGAUGUAAGGUGGCACUAAAUGUCAGUAAUGUAAAACUGAUUGUUAAUAAUACGGUUGAUAAGGGCCGCGGAAUGUGGGGGUGGCGGUGGCGAGGAUAACAUGACGCCACCAUAUUUCCCUGUCAUUGUUUUAAGAAGUCUGGAAAUGCUAUAUUUGAACACAUUGAAUUCCACGCUUUCUCAAAGUGCAUAGCGCUGAAAACCCCAGACAGGAUCAGACACUCAAAUUUCCAUCACCCGACCCAUCGCACUGACAGUCCUCCCCCCCCCCCCCCACGUAUAGACCCUUUCAAUGACACUUCACGGGCCGUGAUGGAUGAGGAUUUUGUUUGUAGUCACCCUUCCCUGUUAGUGUUGAUGUUAUCCCUUAUUUCUUUCCAUAAAUAUACUUCUCAAAAAUAGUUAUAAAAAAAGAAUAAUAAACGAGUUACAAGUUAUUAUCAAAUUUAU